AUGUUAGAAAAUCUCCAUGAAGGAAGCAUUUCUUGUUUUGUCGAGACUCUACUUGCUGUCUUCGUACUCUUUGUUCUUGUCAUCGAAGCAAAACCUGUUCACGAAUCAUCGAGUGCUUCGAAUGACAAACAAGCAAUCAAACCGAAUCAACAACUGUAUGAAAUCUACAAGUUUAUGCAAUCUUCUCGAUGGUAUCUUCGAUAUCGAAUCAAUGAAAGCCAAAUACGCGCAUCGGCAACAAGUGGAUUGAACUCUCUAAAGACCUAA